AUGUCUGUCUUUCCCCGUUGCCGCUUGAUCAACACAAAUUUCAUUCGCCCGACAACCUUCUCAUCGCACUCGAGUAUUACUUUCCUUGACAAGAGGACUUUGAACACAGAGCGAUCCCAACACAGGUCUUUGCUUAGCAGCUCAAUUACCCAGUCAAUUAGAACAUUCAGCUGUACUUCUGUAGCCAUGGCUAAAAUCAAGGCGGGGCCAGUAGUGGACAUCUUGGGCGAUGAAAUGACUCGCAUAAUUUGGGAGUCAAUAAAAGAAAAAUUGAUCCUUCCCUACUUGGACAUCGAAUUACACGUCUAUGAUCUUGGUAUCGAGCACCGUGAUGCUACGUCAGACCAAGUGACAAUAGACUGCGCAGAGGCGAUCAAAAAGUACAACGUUGGCAUUAAGUGCGCUACAAUAACUCCAGAUGAGAAGAGAGUGGAGGAAUUCAAGCUUAAGCAGAUGUGGAAGAGUCCCAAUGGAACUAUUAGGAACAUUUUAGGCGGUACUGUAUUCCGGGAAGCAAUUAUCUGCAAGAAUAUACCGCGGCUGGUCACCGGAUGGAACGAGCCGAUAAUUAUUGGCAGACAUGCCUUUGGAGAUCAGUACAGAGCCACUGAUUUUGUGGUACCGGGUGCUGGAAAGUUGGAGAUAUCAUGGACAGGGACUGACGGAAAUAAAAUCCUCCACACUGUCCAUGAAUUUAAAGGAGCUGGAGUUGCUCAAGCUCAAUUCAACACUGAUGAGAGCAUACGCGAUUUUGCACACAGUUCAUUCGAGUACGCGCUUUCAAGAAAGUACCCUCUGUACUUGUCUACAAAGAACACAAUUCUCAAGAAGUACGAUGGAAGAUUCAAAGACAUUUUCCAGGAGAUUUACGAAGCCAAGUACAAGAGCAAGUACGAGGCAGCUAAUAUUUGGUACGAGCACCGGCUGAUUGAUGACAUGGUUGCCUAUGCCAUGAAAUCUAACGGAGGAUUUGUUUGGGCUUGCAAAAAUUAUGAUGGGGACGUGCAAUCUGACUCGGUUGCUCAAGGCUUUGGGUCUCUGGGUUUGAUGACCUCGGUGCUGCUGUGUCCCGAUGGCAAGACUGUUGAAGCAGAAGCUGCCCAUGGAACGGUAACUAGACACUACCGUCAGUACCAGCAGGGAAAAGAAACUUCUACUAAUCCUAUUGCUUCUAUCUUUGCUUGGACUCGGGGACUUCUUCAUCGCGCUAAACUCGAUAAUAAUCAAGCUUUGAAGAACUUUGCCGAGACACUUGAAAAAGUCUGCAUUGAUACGAUUGAACAGGGCUUUAUGACCAAAGAUUUGGCGAUUUGCAUCAAGGGCAUGGAUAAAGUCAAGCGGUCUGAUUAUCUUGAGACUUUUGAAUUCAUGGACAAGCUUGCGGAUAAUCUUAAAAAAAGUCUUGGGAAAUGA